UGUUGGAUGCAGUUUAGAGGAGCAGACAGUCAGAGGUGGUAGAUGGAGUGAACAGUGAUCAGGUGUGGCAGAAACAUUACUGGUGGGAAAAAAAACGGAUUUGGAUAGCCUACAUUUGGAAAUUCAAGAGCUAUGAAACUACAGGCUGUACUUUGUGUCUUGCUGCAGCUCAUUUUUGAGCUUUCUUCAUGUGCACAUCUCUGGGUGGUUCCUGGUUCCACUCUGGAGCUGCCAUGUCUCUCAUUUCAAACUGACUUCUCUGAAGCGGCCAUCACCUGGAAAUUCAAUGGUAAAGAUGUAAAUCUCAGUGAUCAGUCCCCUGGCUCACCUAGAGUUAAACAGGAUGGCAGGUAUCUCUCUAUAUCCCCGGUUACUGCUGCCAAUGAAGGCAAGUACACAUGUUUCAUAAAGGAGAAUAAUAUGGAGAUGAUAAGGACAUACGACAUUAAAGUUGAUGCAUCCAUUAGCUAUACCAUUAAGGUAACUGAAGGCUCUACCGCUCACCUCCCGUGCUAUUUCCCACCUUCCAGCCAAGUAAAGGCCGAUGCACUUUGGUUCAAAGAGACGGGUCCUAACAUGACGACGAGGCUGAAUCCUGAAGAUGAUAAUAAGAGAGUGGAGCUGCUUUAUCCACUCGACAAUGAUCAGACCAGCAUAAUCAGAAACACUGUCAUGGAGGAUACUGGACUUUACAUAUGUUCUGCUGAGGGGAAGUUGCUGAGCUCUGUAUAUCUCAUUGUUGAAGUUGCUGCUACCGAUGCUCCUUACUCGUGCAUCGGCUUCACCACAGCAUGGGAGCCCUGCCAGGAUGAGAACAGUCGCACAGGGGAACCCAUGUUGCAGGAAUCCAUCACAGAGUUUUCCAUGAAGCUGUAUUCUUUCCUCAGAGAAUCCCAACCCUCCAGCAACUUGCUCUUCUCUCCUAUCAGUAUUAGCGGGGCACUGUCUCAUUUGUUGUUAGGUGCAAGGGCUCACACUCGUAAAGCCAUUGAGAGGGCGGUCUGUGUGCCUCAUGACUUCCACUGUGUUCACCUGCAGAUGAAGAAGCUGAGAGAGAAGUUGGCCGGCUCCUUGCAGAUGGCCUCUCAGAUCUACUAUAACCCACAAAUGAAUCUGAGCGAGUCCUUUACUAACCAGUCCAUUCAGUUCUAUGAAGCGGAGCCCACCAGGCUGCUUGAAACCAGCAAGGAGAGCACAGACAUGAUCAACAGCUGGGUGGCUAAUAAGACUAACAAUAAAAUCCAACAUUUGGUUGACUCCGUAUCACCCAGUACACAGCUGAUGCUGCUCAACGCUGUCUCCUUCAGUGGUCAGUGGAAGGUUAAGUAUGAUAUGAAACCCAGGAAAGGGCUUUUCACAAAACUGGAUGGUGAUCUGGUGAAUGUGCCGCUCCUUUAUCACCAGAAAUACAUGGCAGCUAUGACAUAUGUUGUUGAGCUAAAGGCGCAGGUGGCGAGGUUUGCUCUCACGGGGGACAGCAGUCUUUACAUUUUGCUGCCUCGCUCCAACAAAGUGACUGACCUGCAGCAGGUGGAGGAGAGGAUGACGGACACAGCGGUGCUUAAAAUGAUAGAACAAGUGAAAGCAACGUCUCCUCAGCCUAUCGAGGUCACUCUGCCCCGAAUCAAGCUGGAUAUCCAGCCGGACAUGAACAUACUUAUGAAGAAAUUAGGACUGUCGUCACUCUUCGAGGAUGCUAACCUGUGUGGUCUCUACUCUGAAGAGAGGUUGGUUCUGGACGAUGCCAGACACCGAGCCUUCCUCGCACUGACCGAACAAGGAGUUGAGGCCGGGGCCGUCACCACUGUCUCAUUCUCUCGCUCCUUCCCUUCCUUCUCUGCCCUGCGGCCUUUCAUCAUGCUGCUGUGGAGUGACCAGGCCAAUGUGCCACUCUUUAUUGGCAGAGUGACCGAGCCGUGAGAGAGAGUAUGGGGGAGGACAGACAGACACAGAAAAGAGCGAGAGUGGAGAUGUAACAGAUGGGCAAAAGGGCAGGAAAGAAACAAAGAUAUGGUAAACAAAGGCUGUCUUACAAAAAGGAAAUACAUUCAUUUAUCUUACUGUGCUUUCACACAAAAUAAAUCCAGUAUCAGUAAUGCUUCUAGUAGUUACUAAAGUGAGCAGUGACCCUCACAAAACAUAUCAAGGCCUAGAUGUGAAUUGUUUUCAAUGAUGAUGAUGAAUAAACACAUAUUUACUCAUCACA